AUGGACACGCUUCCCGCGUGUCCUCGUGUACUUCUUCCACCUACACCUGAUGAUUUUCAGACACUGCAGACGCCACCCGACUGUCUUCGGACAAUACAGACGCCUCCCGAGUGUCACCUGGUACCUUUUCCACCUCCUCCACCUGAUGAUUUUCAGACACUGCAGACGCCACCAGAGUGUCUUCGGACACUGCCGACGCCUCCCGAGUGUCUUCGGGUACCUCUUCCACCUUCUCGACCUGAUGAUUUUCAGACACUGCAGACGCCUCCCGAGUGUCUUUGGACACUGCAGACGCCACCUGAGUGUCUUCGGGUACCUCUUGUACCUUCUCCACCUGAUGAUUUUCAGACAAUGCCACCCGAGUGUCUUCUGGUACCUCUUCCACCUUCUCCACCUUAUGAUUUUCAGACACUGCAGACGCCACCCGAGUGUGUUAUGGUACCUCUUCCACCUUCUCCACCUGAUGAUUUUCUGACACUGCAGAUGCCACCUGAAUGUCUUUGGGUACCUCUUCCACCUUCUCCGCUUGAUGAUUUGCAGGCAGUGCAGACACCACCCGUGUCUUUGGGUACCUCUUCCACCUUCUCCACCUGAUAAUUUUCAGACACUGCAGAUGCCACCCGAGUGUCUUCCGGUACCUCUUCCACCUUCUCCACCUGAUGAUUUUCUGAAAGCACAGACACCUCCCAUUGAGUGUCCCCUGGGACCUUGACCUUUUUCUCUAGGUGAUUCUUUUCUGAGACUGCAGAUACCUCCUGACUGUCUUCUGGCGCCUCUUCCACCUUCUCCAGCUGAUGAGUUUCUAAGACCACUUCCCACAGACUGUCCCCUGGGACCUCGCCCAUUUUCUCCCGCUGAUGUCUCCCUGAGUCUGCAGACACCUCCCGGGUGUCUUUUGGUACCUCUUCCACCUUCUCCACCUGAUGAUUUUCUGACACUGCAGACGCCUCCCGAGUGUCUUCUGGUACCUCUUCAACCUUCUCCAGCUGAAGAUUUUCUGAGACCACAUACCCCUGCAGUCGACUGUCCCCUGGGACCUCAACCAUUUGCUCCAGCUGAGGACUCUCUGAGCCUGCAGACACCUCCCGAGUGUCUUCUGUUACCUCUGCAUCCUUCUCCAGCUGAUGAUUUUCUAAGACCACAGACCCUCCAGUUGACUGUCCCCUGGGACCUCAACCGUUUUCUCCAGCUAAUGAUUUUCUGAGACCACAGACCUCUCCCGUCGAGUGUCUUCUGGCACCUCAACCGCUGUCUCCAGGGGAUGAUUUUCUGAGACCAGAGCCACCUGCAGUUGAGUGUCCCUUGGGACACCUACCAGUUUCUCAAGCCGAUGAUUUUCCGGGACCACAGACGCGGCCCCUGAAGUGUCUUCCGCUAUUCUUUUGCCUUCUCCAGUUGAUGAUUUUCUUCAACGACAGACACUUCCAGUCUCGUGUCCCCUGGGACCUGUACUAUUUUCUCUAGAUCAUUGUUUUGUGACUUUCUUUUAUUUUUUUGUUGUUGGUGGUGGUGUUUUUACUUUUUUAAGUAAAAUACAUAAUUCUUUGACUUCUUAAUGCAAUAAAAGAAAUUAACAUCUUGUACACAGAAGACUAGGAAAGGGAAAACUACUUACUUCUGAAAAUCCAGUAAUUUAAUCCUAUUUCUACCUGUCCACAUGAAAGUAAUCUUUAACAUGUUUUGAAUUAAAUUUUACUGGUGGGGCUUUACAAUGUAAUUCUUAGGAGUAAUGGUUUCAUUCAUUUUCAGGUUAGCUGACUGUAUGAUUAAUUAACACAAGGCACAGUAGCCAUCUUUGUCAUUAUGUUGCAACACUCACCACGUGCCUCGAUAAAAUGGCGGAUUUAACAAGAUGAUGGCAACAGGAAGGGGAGACUUUGGAUUGUCUAUUUAAAAUCUAGGUAAUAAGUAAUUAAUAAAAAAUCUAUCUUAAGUACACCUUCACAUGCUAUUUGUUUAUAAUAAACAACACACUU